AUGUCAGCUGGAUGAUGAUUGCAUUGCUGAAUAUUCUGCGUUUGUGUUCCGACUCCGAUCCGAAUUUGUUGAAGUACUCUCAAGCAAAUAGUAUUCCUUCCAGGCUUCCACAUAUUUUACAUUGAAUACCAGCCAAAAAUACCUUAAAAUGUCAUGAAUAAUGACACUAAAAUGCUAUGUAGUUACGAACAUUUUAUAUACAAGAAGCUACUAAGGUUUUGGUGCUUGAAGAUUAAUAGAUUACUUAGAUUGUUUAAUAAGGUGGAAUGGAGGCCCUAAACAGUAACAUAGAGUGAUAAGGAGUGCAGAGAGCAAAGCUGCCAGUGACCACAGAAUCUCAGAAGGUACCCAGCAUAACCUUCCACAUAAAUCCAAAUUUAACAGAACAUUCUCGUCUCGCUACUCAAAAGUCCACACCUCGACAUUGGCAGAAUCCACCUUGCUAAAUUUAGCGAGUAGUAGAAGCCAUUAUUAAAAGAAAAGCAAUAAUUUGUUUUUAGGCAAAUAAUGGUACGAAAAAUAUUUUGUGUUGUUGUGAAUUGUACAAACACUAACAAGAACAGUGACUGCAUAUUCUACAGAUUUCCAAAAAUAUGGUAUAAACAGGAACAACGAAACAAGUGGAUAACAGCCAUACGAAGAACAAAUCCCGAUGGAUCCCUAUGGCAACCAAAAACGGAGGACAGAAUUUGCAGCGCUCACUUUAUUGGUGGUAAAAAGGCUGAUGAACAAGCCAGUCCCAGUUACGUUCCAAAGAUAUUUCCCGCAAAUUACACAUCUAAGCGGAUUGACGAAAAUGCGGCAAUAUCCAGGUACCAACGAAGGAAGAAAGAAAUAAAAGCAGAGGAGGAGUGUGAGGAGCGUAACUUGUGCAUGACUGAAGACCUUUAUACCGACUACGAGAUGGAGGAAUUAGUUCAAGAGGAGUCAGUGGUAAAGGAGUCAUGUAAGGAGAAUUACUUGUGCGCUACCAUAGACCAAACCGGAUUUUACGCCAACUACGAGGAGGAACUAGUGACGCAAGAGGAGUUACUAGUAAACAAGGAGGCCCGGGAGGAAGACAACUUGUGCGCCACCGAAGACCUGAACAGUCUUUACACUAACCAUGAGGAGUCACUAGUAAAGGAGGAACCCCUAGAGGCGGACUUGUGCGUCACCGAAGACCUGAACAGUCGUUAUACUGACCAUGAGAUGAAGGAGGGAGUAGUGCUGAAAGAGAAUUUAGUAGGAAAUAAGGAGUCCCGAGAGGACAACUCGUGCGCUACUGAAAACCUAGCUAGUCUUAAUACCCGCCUCGAGGUCAAGGAGAGACUAGGGUUGCAUGAGGAGUUACUAGUAAAAGAGGAGCCCCAUAAGGAGGAUGAGCGCUUUACUGAAGACCUAGCCAGUUUUAAUACCGGGUACGAGGACACGGAGGGACUAGGGUUGCAUGAGGAGUUACUAAUAAAGGAGGAGCCCUAUGAGGAGGAUGAGCGUGUUACUGAAGACCUGGCCAGUCUUAAUACCGGCCUCGAGGACACGGAGGGACUAGGAUUGCAUGAGGAGUUACUAAUAAAGGAGGAGCCCCAUGAGGAUGAGCAUGUGUCUGAAGACUUCCCCAGUCUUUAUGCCGAUCACACGGUGAAGGAGGAACUGGUGCUGGGACCGGAGUGCUUGCAGCGGCCCGGCGCGCCUCUUGCCUCGGUGGAUGGAGCUAAUCUGGACACCUGUGGGCAGCAGUUGGCCACCACAUCCAAUGACGGAUCAAGGAGUAGCCAACGGUCACUGCCCCCUACUACUACUACUUCCAAAAGACCUAUACAAAAUAAUCCAAAGAAAAAACACACUUGCAAAUCAUGUGACCAAGAAUUCGACCAAUACGACAAAGUAACGAUUCAUAUGCUAAGCCACAUAGGAUACAAACCAUACACCUGCGACAUAUGUAACAAGGAUUUUGCGUUCUUAACUCAAUUGGUCACGCACAAACAAUUACACACAGGACAGAGACCAUAUGCCAGCGAAAAGGCAUUUACUACACCGACCAAUUUGAAGGAAUAUAAAAUAAUCCACAAGACUGAAAAGCCGUAUUCUUGUGAAAUAUGUAAAAAACAGUUUCUGCUACCUGAUGAUUUAAAAAUACAUGCACGGACGCACUUAGGUUAUAAUCCGUUUUCUUGCAAGAUAUUUGCAAAGGAUUUUACGAAUCAUUCCAGUUUGAAAGCACAUACAGUUGACAGUGCAAAGAAAACAUACACGUGCAACAUUUGUGACAAAACUUUUGUCAAUAUGCAUUAUUUUAAAAGGCACGAACGAACCCAUGAAAAGAAAACAUACUCGUGUGACAUAUGUCGCGAUGUAUAUACUACAAUGGAAAAUUUAAAGAUGCACAAGAAAUUUCAUACUAAAGUAGGACCGUAUUUCUGUGAAAUAUGCAAAAAGAAUUUUAACAACGGGGGUAACUUUAAACUCCAUAAACGAAUACAUGGAGGAGAAAAGGCAUAUGCCUGCAAAAGUGUGAAAUAGUACAUUAUGCAACGAGGCCCCCCUCGUAAGUGAAAUUUUACAGUGUUACACAAUGUUUUUCAUUAUACUUAUAUAUAAGUGGUAAACCUAUAGCAG